AUUCGCUUGGUGACAAGUGUAUUUUGCUGAACAACACGGUUGGGUUUAAUAUAAUUUGCCAUUGGAGUGAAUUUGAACUUUCUUGAAGUAUUUCAGUGACAAAAUCGAAUCUGACUAAGAAAUAUACCAAUUCCUUCAAAACAUCAUAAGAUGGACUUAUGUACUGAUUAACUUGCCAGUGAGUAUAGAGUAGUUUAUAACCCUUCAUUAAUCGAUCUGCUUUAGUUCCCACCUGUCUCACCAAAGUAAAUCUUCCGAAAAUUUAUUCCAAAGGAUGGCACAAAAAUAUGCGAAGGCUAUCGCUUUUUCUGAUAAAAAAUCGAAAAUAAUAAUAAAGAAGCAUUUACAAAAGCGGCCUUUAGGUAAAAUUGAGGCUGAAAAUGACUUUAUUCCUCCCCAACCACAGCUUAGCAGUACAUCUGUUAAUCUUGAUGUGAACUCAAGUCAAAGACUAUACCAAUCUAAAAGCAGCGAGGAUAUUAUCGAAGAGCAACAUAAAGUUAUUCAUCAAGCGUAUAAAUUGGCUAGAGAUCGGAGAUCAAAAUCAGCAGUUAUCGGAAUUAAGAGACCACGAUUUCUCAUGCGUUCAAGUAGUAAGGCUUUACAAUCUUUGAGUGUCUAUGGCUCACGUCCAGGAUCUUGUCCAAUCGGUAUAAACGAAUCCAGACGGUCUGGCUCUCCUCGAUUUGCGACAAGAAAAAGGCCUAAAACAACAAAUUUUAAGCGAAACAAUAAGGUACAUCCAGUUACAGAAACUCAUUGGGACAUUGAAGAAGUAAAAUGCACGAGUUUUAAUCGCCAAUUAAAAGAUGCUGUAAGAGAGAGGUUUGAGGACAAAAAUCACAAUAUUACCCAAGGUUAUUAUACCAGGGGUCACAGAAAGGAAGACGAAUUAUCAAAAUCAGAAAGUUUUUUUGGAAAAAAAAUGGUAGAUAUGACUUUUCUAGAAACCUUCUCCUCAAAGAAACGAAAAGAUGAGGACUUGUUUACUAUUAACUGCGAGACCGGCAGCAAAGUAGCGAAGCAACUAACUAUAGGAGAUUGUAUUAGAAUAGGAAUGAAUGGCAUUCAAGCCACAAACAAACAGUCAUGCUCAAUUCAAAUCGGUGAGGAUAAUAUAACAAACUUAUCUGAAGAGAUCAUUACUGCAGAAAAAGUUCCACUCUGUUGGGAAGACCAACUAGUAGAUCCCCACUCAAAAGUGAUGAAGGCCAAAGCGCCCAAAGCAAAAAUAUGCCAACCUAAUCUAUGUGAAUCCCAUCCUGUAAUAUUUAGAAAAUUGGUUAAGGAAGAAGACUAUAACGAGGAAGAAAAUGUAUUUUUUCGAUCAAAAUCAAAAGUGGCUACAAAUCGCUCCGCAGUUAAAUUCAAAUCCAGACCAAAAUCAGUAACAUGUUCCCAAGUAACAGAUUUAGCAGAAAAUCUUCAAAAGUCGAACAGUCGAAUUUCUGAGCUAUCUUUUGACAAUGAACCGUUAACAAGUCCAAAUAUCGUAUAUGAUGAUAUUGUUAAAAGUAAAGUAGAAUCAGUUUCUAAUCGAACAAAAUCAAAGAUUGCUGAUGCUUCAGUGACAUCGGUUGCUUUUACAUUUAAUUCAAUGGAUGUUGAGGCAGCAUCCAGACCAGAGAGUGGAGUUAAAGCUGACGUGUAUACCGAAGAACAAUGCACAUUUUUAACGGGAUCUCAAUACUAUGGAUCCCUCCUACCAAAGCCUCCACCUACUGCUCCAUCUACAGCAGUCCAUUCCGAUCUAGACUUACAAGAUGUAAUAGUCAAUACUAGAAGCGGAAGGUCCAUAGUAGAUAAAAGAAGAACAUAUGGUAAAGGAGCUGCAAACUUCAGACCACUCAUAUCUAGAUCUUUGUCAAAAACUACUAACGAACCUGUAAACGAUAAGUCUUAUAUUCAAAUAGCUUCGACAAUAAAAGCUCCUGAAAAGAAUGUCGCAAGGAUCACUAUGAAACCUAAAAUACAAUCCGAUGCAAAACAAAAUAUGAAGCCCCAUUCAAAUGCCCUACAAGUAGUGACUAACAACAACAGUAAAGGAAUAAAGAAUCGUAUAUCUCCAGUUGAUCUUAUUAUUCCAGAAGAUAGAAGAGACAAAAGUUGUAAAGAGAUCCAGUCAUCAGGAACACGGUUUGCUGUUAGUAUUCCUACAGGACGUGAAGUUGACACUGGGUCUCGGACAGAUGAUCAGUCAAAUUCUGAUCGAGAUUUUGAUCCUGGAGCGGAUAUAUACAAGAACGAUGAUGACGAUGAAAGAACCUUAGAGGAGGAGGAAGCAAUGAGUGCGACCAGUAGCUGUGCCAAUGAAUUGGAUGAUUUACAAAAUGAGAGUGAUAUACCUAUUGAAAAACUGAUGGCAAUGUAUAGCUAUCCCGCUUCAUCAGAUUUCCCUGACAGAAGAUCUAGUAGUGACGAAGAAUUACUCAGUAAUUUAAGCAAUCAAGAUUUAACUCUUGAUAAGGAAGUUAUUGCUCGAGAUCUUCUGAAAAAUAAUAAUGACGCUGAUGAAGCUGGAACAAGUGUUGAUGAACUGCUUGAUACUGUUUCAGAAACAAAAAAGCUACUAGAGGAGAAUGCUGAAGAGUCAGAAGAUGACGUAGAUUACGAACCAGAACGAAAUGAAGAAUGGAAAAAGACUAUAUGUAUUGGGGUAUCAUAUCAAGCUGUGGUACCUGACGGCCUAGCUCAUUAUGGUGACACUCCACCAUAUGAAAAUGAUGACAAACUUCUCUGGAAUCCGGAAGCUACUAAUGCCGAUGAAGUUGAUCAGUAUCUGAGAGAUGUUCAAUUGUUAAGACUCAAAGUAGAAUCAGAUUCGAUAAGUAGCCUUCCCAUCGGAAGUCAUUUACAUGACGACGAGGAGGCUUUGCAGGUUCUAUUAGAAAGCAGCUAUUCAACUGAGGAAGCUUUGCGUCGGACAAAGAUGAAAUUACCGCACGCUACUUCACAAGUCUUCACCUUAUGGUCUGAAGAAGAGUGCCGCAACUUUGAAAAUGGUCUCAGACAUUAUGGAAAAAAUUUCAAUUUAAUUCAUCAGCACAAAGUUAAAACCAGAAGCGUCAAAGAACUGGUAAAUUUUUAUUACUUGUGGAAGAAAACUGAACGACAUGAUGCUUUUGCUCAAAAAGCUCGUUUGGAAAAGAGAAAAUAUGGUUUAAAUCCUGGUAUAACAGACUAUCAGGAUCGCUUUUUAGAUGAGGCAGAAACAGCAGUCAGUAGCAAUUGUCAGGUUCCCCCAACUCAUAGAUCCGCCUCUCCUUUGGUAAAUUCAUUAAUUUACGGAGAUCCCAAAAGACAGCAGCAUCAUAGUCCAUAUCACCACCUAAAAUCGGCGGAGGAAGUUAUUGCUGAUAUGCUUGAACCAUUUGCAGAAAAGAUAUCAUCAAGUUUGGAGAAAUUAGAAAACGAUGCUGUUGUCCAACCUUCCUCAUCCAAUUGCAAUGGCACACCACACGUCACUGCUGUUUUGACGAGCGCCGUUGCUCAAUAG